AUGCCGUCUUUGGCCAUGAUGGGUCAAGCAGGAGCUCAGAGACUUGUGACAGGAACCUGGAGAAGAUUCAUGAAGGACGGCAGAUGUUUCACUACCUCAGCUUCUCACCAGAACGCUUCAUCCUCACCUGCAUCCAAUCAGAAAACUCCAUCCUAUAGCUAUGUGGUUAUUGGGGCAGGGUCAGCAGGUUGCGUCCUCGCCAAUCGCCUGACAGAAGACGCCCAGGAGUCCGUGUGUCUGUUGGAGGCCGGACCCAAGGACAAGUGGCUGGGAAGCUCCCGACUCUCGUGGAAGAUCCACAUGCCAGCCGCGCUGACCUACAACCUCUGUGAUGACAAGUAUAACUGGUUCUACCACACUUUACCCCAGGCCCAAAUGGACAACAGGGUGCUGUACUGGCCCAGGGGUCGAGUCUGGGGAGGAUCCUCCUCACUUAAUGCCAUGGUUUACAUCCGUGGGCAUGCAGAGGACUACAACCGCUGGCAGAGAGAGGGUGCAGAGGGAUGGGACUAUGAGCAUUGUCUGCCUUACUUCAGAAAAGCUCAGUGCCAUGAACUGGGAGAAAACAGGUACAGAGGUGGCAGCGGACCUCUUCACGUGUCCAGAGGAAAGACCAACCAUCCCCUGCACAAGGCUUUUAUCGAAGCAGGCCAGCAGGCAGGAUACCCCUUCACUGAUGACAUGAAUGGAUACCAACAGGAAGGCGUUGGCUGGAUGGACAUGACCGUCUACAAAGGGAAGAGAUGGAGCUCUGCCAGUGCCUACCUCAGACCUGCAUUGGGUCGGCCCAAUCUGAAGACGGAGGUGCACUGCAUGACCACCAAGAUCUUGUUUGAUGGCAAGCGUGCUGUAGGGGUGGAGUACGUGAAGAACGGAGAGAAAAAGAGAGUGUUUGCAGAUAAAGAAGUGAUCUUGAGUGGAGGAGCUAUCAAUUCCCCUCAGCUACUCAUGCUGUCUGGUGUGGGAAAUGCAGAUGAACUGAAAGACCUGGGUAUUCCUGUCAUUCAGCACUUGCCAGGCGUUGGCAAUAAUCUGCAGGACCACUUGGAGCUGUACGUCCAGCAGCAGUGCACUCAGCCCAUCACCUUGUACAAGGCGCAGAAACCUUUCCACAUGAUCAAGAUUGGCCUCGAGUGGCUCACUCUUUUUACCGGCUACGGAGCUACAGCCCACUUGGAGAGCGGAGGGUUUAUCCGCAGUCGACCUCACAUCACACACCCUGACAUUCAGUUUCAUUUUCUGCCUUCACAAGUUAUUGACCACGGCCGGGUUCCUUCAAAGAUAGAAGCGUAUCAGGUUCAUGUUGGACCAAUGAGAAGCACUAGCAUUGGCUGGAUGAAGCUGAAAAGUGCCAAUCCCACCGAUCACCCAAUUCUCCAGCCAAACUAUCUCUCCACUGAUAUUGAUGUGUGGGAAUUCAGGGAGUGCGUCAAACUGUCCAGAGAAAUUUUCGCUCAGAGUGCCUUCGACCAGUUCCGCGGUCCCGAGGUCCAGCCCGGUCUCCAGGUCCAGUCGGAUGCCGACAUCGACGCUUUCGUCCGCCAGAAGGCCGACAGCGCCUACCAUCCCUCCUGCACCUGCAAAAUGGGGUCCGCCUCCGAUCCAACGGCGGUGGUGGACUCGAGCGCACGCGUCCUGGGUCUGGAGCGACUGCGAGUAGUCGACGCUUCCAUCAUGCCCAGCAUCGUGAGCGGGAACCUGAACGCCCCUACGAUCAUGAUGGCGGAGAAGGCAGCCGACAUGAUCAGAGGCCGGCCUCCUCUGGUGGAACCCGGGGUUCCCGUGUACCAGCCCACGACGCUCGAAACGCAGAGAUGAUCGGCCGAUUCGGUGAUUUAACUAUAACGAUCUCUGAGGUUGGAGCAGCAGGGAAUUUAAUCAACAAAAAUCAAAAAAAUGUGACUUAGUUUUGUUUAACCUUUUACACUCUUUUUGAACUCCACAAAUAACCCGUUGCGUUGAAGUGAAGGAUUUAGCGUGAAGUUCGAUAUGCAGGGCAGCCUGUCGGUUGGGACCAACACACUAAGACAUCAUACAUCAUUCUAAAAGUAGACAUUAUUACAGCCUGCUGCAUAGCAGCUGUGCAGUAAAUGCAAAUUGCUCUUUGCAGAAUCUAAACAGUACCUGGAAGAGCCUUAUCAACUGAACACUUGCUCAGUGUUUUUGUUUAAAUCUACUAAUACAUGAGGACGUAAGGGGAAUGCUGUUUGCACCAACAACAUGGUUCAUCUCAACUUCACUGUAUCCACAGCUUGAAUUGUUUUAAGUUUAAGUAUUAGGGAGCAACAUGUGAAACACUAACAAAACAAAAAGCAGACUCUAAGCCAUUUGGUUCAGCUUGAAAUAUUAUUGUCAUUAUGAUGUAAUGCCUCUCCGAUAUGAUGGUUCAGCUAAAGUGCAAGGUUCUGCCUUUCCUUUCUACCGAUCAGCUUCCUCCCUGCAAACCUGCAGCUGUUCUGUUUAGCUCAUUUCCUUAGGUCUGUUGCACACUGUUCAAGAUAACAGGAAGGCAAUCGCUGCUUAGCUUCUGUUCGAGUUAACCUUAUCUCAAAAAAGGGAUGUUUUUAGUGCAAGACAUUCGCCAGUGUGCUCGCACGGUUGCUUUUGUGUUUAGAAAAAGAUUGGUGCUGAUUGGCCUGCGAAGCUGCCUACAUCAGCAUUUUUUAUUUGAGAAAAGCUGGAACGACACUUGUUUUCUGGCAUAAGUCGUAAGGGCGUCAUCUUUUUUUUAACCAAAAAAACCAAAAGCUUUAAAACAUAUGUAAAAGUGAAAAAGGAAGCGACUUAAGAUUUUGUGAGCAAAAAUAACUUUCAGUCUCUAACACUAGUAGAUCUGUUUACACUAACGUGCAAUAGUUUUGUUUUUUUUGUUUUUUUUCUAGAUUGCAGAUGUUGCAUUUUAGGGCAAAGAAGCAUUUAAAGGGCAAACACCAUUUUUACAUAUUUUCCUUCUCAAUUGUGUUCAAUUAAUUUCAACGCAUUUUCAUACCGCUUGCUCACAACAGAUUUGGUCUCAAGGCUUUUGCUUUUAAUAGUUCAUUUCAUUUUAAAAAAUAUAUGUGGGGAAAAAAGUGAAGAAAAUGCACCUGAAAGUUACAGAAGAGUAGUGUUGUUGACACUUUUAGAGCACAGAACUGUUGCAUUAAUGCAUGCCAUAAUAUGCAUCCAAGACAAAAGUAGAAAAGUGCAACUCUAGCUCCAAGAUCAAGUCAAAAAGUGAUUAAGAUUUGUGUCAUACAAGUCUAAUUUUUUUCCCCACAUAAUCAGUUCGUGUCCUACUGUUCAGGAGUUCACCUACGCUGCUUAAGGUGCCUGUCACAACAAGCACACUGUAGACAGUAAAUGACUGCAGGCUGAUUGCAGUUACGGUAAUUUUCUCAAAUGUUAUUUGGCCCCAACAAGUUACUCCUCUUUAAUGCAGCACGUAUCAUGGGAAAUCCGGGGGAGAUUAGCAUAAAUUGUCUAUAUUUAGGACUACAGCUACUUAACUCACUCUGUAAGCUUUCUGCACAUAAACAACAUGCGGUCACCUCUGUUGUCUGGCUGUCUAGAAAAAACUAAGUUGGAGCUGUGUUGGAUCUUUAUCCAUCAGCUUUCAGUUGUUUCCUUGAGUUUGAGUCAACUUUGUGGCCCCGCUCCGUGACCCUGGGGAAAAGUCGAAACGCUGUUCGCUUCCGUAGAGUUUGCUCGCAUUUCCUGCACUGCAACAAAAAUGCUGACUGCGUUGUUAUUCUGAGUCUCCAAAAAGUGGAAACGCAUCCAUUCCACGUUUUUAUUUCAGGCCAGAAAAAAAUAUUUCCUCUGCGAUUGCCUUGAGAGAUUUCCAUAAUGGUUGUGCCUGUUUUACUGAUCAUGACUCAAAAGGUCCUUUGUAUGUUUCGGGAAAAUGUUUCGACAUUCCUGAUCCACUUAGGAAAACAAUGGAAAAUCCAUUUGCGAUUUAAUGCCGGUAGACCUCAUGUAGUUUUUUUUUGCUCCCAAAUGGCUCAGGCUAAACCUAAGAUGUUUUCAAACUAUGCAGUAAUAUUAACAGCUAAUCAUCAAACAUGGUGAAUUAUGUUAAAAUACACCUUGUUUCUCUACACCAAAAAACUUAAAAAACCCAAGUAUACAUUAAAUAAAAUCUAUUUUUUGUAUUGUUUUUGUGAAUGAUUACGUAGAUCAUCUUGUUAAAAUUUAUAAAUGACUAAUAAGGAAAAUUAACGUUUUUAAACAAUAGAAAUAUAAUAAAAGAAAUAGUUCCUAUAUUGCCAUCAGUGUUGGUAUCAAAGAAUUUGUGAUUGAAGUUGAUGCAUAUUUGUUGUGAUUUUUUUAAUAUCUUCACUAAUAUCUUAAGUAUUGAAUGAAAUCAAUUAAUCCGUAUUAUAAGCUACAGUGGACCUUAUUUACUACAAUGACCUUAACUGUGUUAAAUUGUGUGUCUUUGUUAAUAAUGCGUACUGUGACAGCUAUUGUUUACACUAUAAUGCACCGUUGUGCAAUGAUGCAUUAAUCAUCUUUUUUAUGUUUUUUAAUGACGGAAUAAACAUGUGAAUCAGGAAAGGAUAUUUUAUGUUAAUAUAUCAAAGCUCUUCUUUAUUAUUAUUUUUUUUCUGCAUUGAUUGUCAACAAGUCGUCCUGACCUUGUCCUCUUUAUUUAGCAAUUAUUACAAAAAUCAGCAGGUGCAUCGUCAUUUCAGGCAAAAAAUUCAAAUGUACAAAACAAGGAUGUUGCUUCUGUUGGUACAAAAUCUAGAAGGUACUAAUUAUUAUGCUACAAAGUAGAUAAAGACAACUUU